UGUAGCCAUCCCUUUGGCUGGUCAAAGCGCAAUGGACUUGAUGGACGUCGAGUUGGAGCAGGCCAAGCGCGAGGCUGCGCUGCUGGCACGUCGCCGCGAGGAGCUGGACACACUCAAGCAGCAGCGCAAGGAGCGUGCAAAGACUUCUGCCUCCGCCAGCUUUAGUGGUAAACAAAAGAAGCAGCAGCUUCGAGCGCGUAAGCAGCGUCUGGCUUCUCGCAGAGACGAGGAGGCGGCGCUGGACAUACAGAACGCGCAAUAUAAAGAGUUCUACGCUGAAAAACCGGCUGCCAUCGAGGAGGAGGAGGAUGCCGAAGUUGAGGCGUUCCGUACUGAGCCCGACUUCUUCGUACGCAACAAUGAUCUGGAUAAUGAUCUUAGCUCUCGACUGAAGCUCACGGUGGCGCUGGGCAAGAACAACAAGGACGCGGUAGGCAAGGAGCUAUCCAGUUUCUUCGUAAAGGAGACCAAGGAGCAGAUCCAGCUGAGACUCAUGGAAGGACAGCGUCCCUUAGAAUUGGCCAAGAGAGAGACACCAUUACUCGCUACUGUGAGCGAACGGGACCCCAUUUUGGACCAUCCAAAGAGACCCAAGUGGACAUACAGCAUGUCCAAGGAGAAAGUGGACAACAACGAGAGUCUCAUGUUCGACCAGUGGCUUACGAAGAUUCACGACAAAUACGACAACGAGCACUUGAACCACUUUGAACACAAUCUAGAGGUCUGGCGUGAGUUGUGGCGCGUCACGGAGCGUGCCACGCACGUUGUGGUCGUGGCUGAUGUGCGCAACCCGUUACUGCACAUUCCUGCGUCGGUGUACGACCUCGUUACCAAGGAGCUGAAGAAACCAAUGGUUGUGGUACUCAAUAAGGUGGACUUGAUCCCGAUUGCUGUAGUGCAGCUCUGGAAGCGCUACUUAGCCGGACGAUUCCCCCUCGCACAGCUCGUGUGCUUUUCCUCCCGCUCGAACGCUGUAUACGGCGAUAACGACGUCAGUACUCGUCGACGAGUGCUCAGCAAGAAGCUGGAGGUGGGAGACGCAUCUGCAAUUAUGGGCGCUAUAGAUAUCCUCGUGGCUUGUGGGAUUGGUGCUACAGAGGCACAGGAACUUGCGGAGGAGUUGAAUGCGAGCUUGACGGAACAAGAGAGCUUGCAGGCACAAUUCGAUGCAGUGCAGGAGAAGAAGAAGGCUGUCGGAAAGCGUCGUAGCAGACGCAAGCAGAAGAACCGUGGUGCUCGCAAUGGGAACGCUGGCGACGAUGGAUCACCCACGAUUCAUGAGUGUCAGCACUGUGGAUGUGACGAUGCUGUCGUCGCGUGUAUGUCAUGCGCGACGGGUGGACGACCAAGCAGCGCUGACGCCAAUGUCAAGGACGAAGCAGACGCCAUCGCUCGAGGCUACUUGCUGUGCGCCAGAUGCGACCGUGAGGAGCAUGCGGAACUUAAGGGCCACUUUCAAGUGCGCCUACAGUCGGCAUUAGCUGCAGAGUUAACCGAUCCAUCCGUACCAGGCAGUGCUGGAGCUAUUGGUCAGGCCAACACGCCUAAGGUGACCAUCGGACUUAUUGGACACCCGAACGUGGGCAAAUCUAGCGUGUUGAACGCAUUGGCAGGCAAGAAGAUCGUGAGUGUAUCACACACACCGGGACAUACCAAGCGACUUCAGACGAUCAUGAUUUCUCCCGAAAUCUGCAUUUGUGAUUGCCCAGGUCUCGUGUUCCCGUUCGCUGGCGUUCCGAAGUAUCUUCAGGAGCUCAGUGGACUGUAUCCGUACUCGCAGAUUCGGGAGCCUUACUCAGCUGUCCGCUUUCUCGCAGAGCACGUUGUGCUGGAAAAAAUCUUGGACUUGAAGCCUCGUACACAGCUUUUCGACGGUUUAGAGGAGGAAUUGGAAUGGACACCGUGGACGCUGUGUGAAGCGUACGCUGAGAAGCGUGGUUACCGCACGGACCGUCGUGGCAGGCCUGAUCACCAGCGUGCUGGAUCAGAGCUGGUGCGCGACACAGUCGAUGGCAUUCUGCCACUCUUCUUCCUUCCGCCCGACUACAGUGGCAAGGAUAUCACGCCAACGAGCAUUGCGAAGUAUUGCCAGCUGGAGGAAGUUUCACUCAAGAAUGAAGAAAGUGACGAGGAGGUGGAUAACAGCUCUGACGAAGAGGAUCAAGAGGAGGAAUCUGCAGCACAACCUGCAAGGAGAAAGAACCAACCAUCUGCCCCUGUCAACGCAUUCAGUCUGCUCGACUCCGACUCGAGUGACGAAGGCAGCGAUGACGAGUAAGGACUAACCAGUUUUUAGCUGCAUACACAGCAAGUUUGAAAAAGAUAAUUUUCUAUUCUGCUAUUCUGAAA